CUGAUGUUCAAUUGAUCAUCAUGGCUGGUGAAUCAGAAUCCAUGUGAUUCCAUUUGACCUGGCUUGCCUCAUAGUUGCAACUUGGCAUAUGCAUUUCUAAUUUCCCGAACCACACGAGCAAAUCUGAAAAAUUUUGUGCUAACUUUUGCAUGAACGGCGCAUAAGCCUACUGUGUUUGAAUCACUCAAGUGAUUCAUUGACAGGGAUUAUAGUUGAAAAAGUCCUGAGGCAUUAAACAUUCCAGAGUGUGAAUUCGUCGUGACAAGGUGCUCUGUCGUGCUGCAAAAGGGACGAAAUAAGCGGAUUGCUUAAACUGUCGUCACCCAUUAAGCCAAAAGCGCGUCAGAUUUUGCCUUGUAGGGUUCCUUUAAUAAAAAAGCCAAAUAUUGGAUGAUGGCUCCAACUGGGUUAUGGAAUUGGGAUUUUAUUAAUAUUAAAAAAUAAUUUAAAAUUAUUUUUAACAUAAUUUGAUCAAAUAUUAAAAUAAUAAAACAAUUUUUUCCAAAUUGUUUUUUUCAAUAGCAUUUAAAAUGUGCUUUUUUAAAAUUUAUUUUAAUUACUUUCAAAUUCACUGUCAAACAGACUAAUAGACUCCCGAUUUAAUAAGGAAACUGCUCCUUAUUGACGUGGACAAGUUCACCAUCCAAGAAAUAUAGUUAACCGACUUGGGAUCUUUAAUUUCACAUCAACAAGUGCGAAGAUUAUCCCUACACAGCUCAUUUGAAGACAAGGUCAUAACGAGAUUACGAGAUAAUAAUCUGACUUUUGAUAUAUGUAGCUUGCAAGUAUUUCCAUAAAUACCAAAGCACGCAUGCAUUUGAAAAGUUUCAGUUGGAUAUCCUAAAUUAGGUGAAUUGGUGACCUGACCUGGUCAGUUUGCUCCCUCUGCCCAGGUUUAACAACUAUAAAUAUUCCUUCAAUGCUUAAAUAAUUUAAGUUUUUUUUUUUUUUUAUUAAUGAGCACUGUCUCAUCUACUAAUGUAUGAAUUUAUCCAUGCUUGUUCCACUGGCUGUUAGACCAACAAAUUUUUCUAAUUCUUGUUCCACUUCCCAUCUUAUCUGAUCUCCAGGUAAGAGUUGAUUAGAACAUGGAACCCACAAUCGUCAAAAGCUACGGUCUUAACGUGCAAAGUGUAGCAAAGAAACACUAACAAGCCAAAGAUUUGGGAGUACAAGUUGCAAUAAUUAGUAGUUAACCUGCAAAAGGAGAAUUAAAAUUAAUAUUAUUCAAAACAAAGAUGCUGACGAGCAUUAAGUUGAAUUAUGAUUAUUUUUUAAUUCUUAAAUAAUUAGUUUUAUUGAUACUUAGAUAUCUGUCACAUUAAGGUGAGGUAGAGUUUAUUAUAAUAAGCUAAAAACUUAAUGGAGUUUGGUUGUGGAUAUAAAAUUAGAACAUCUUUUUGCAGAAAAUAGAACCAGACAAGAGUUGGCAAUCAUCACAGGAGCAAGAGAGCUUAGUUCAUGAGAUGCUGCAAUGGUCACAUUAGCUAACAACACUCUCAUGCAUUUUGAGGAUCUGACGCUGCCUUCUUUUCAGGUUAUUGUGAUGUCUGGAAGCAUAGGAUGUGCAAGAUGCCGACAGAGAGUUUCCCAAGUUAUCGCAAAGAUGACUGGAUUAAGAGAAUAUACAGUGGAUGUGAAAAGGAAACAAGUUAUUGUAAAGGGGGACUUCGGAAACCAACAGAAGCAGGAGGAUGAUUAUUCUAAAAGCGAAAUGAACAAAGAGCGUGGUAAUUGUCAUCCACUAAGAUUGCUGUUGGGAUCAUUUGUAGCCUCUUGCUUCAGGAAACAAGUUGCUGAUUAAGUGUGUGACUUCACUCCUUUUACCUAUUCAUUUGUCAUGAAAUUUAUACAAAAAAAAAAAAUCAGAUUUUAAUUUAUUUAAUCUUUUUCUUUUAAUCAAUCAUUAUUUGUUAAUAAAAAUGAGAAAAACUCCAAAAAGGCUGGGGAAUUGUUGAGGAGGGUGCCGACUGCUGCACGAGAGAUUAGAAAGGGUUGGCAGGAAUGGGUUUAAAGUGGGUUGAAAUAAAAUUGCUUCAUGCUC